UUAAAUUCCCAGCCGUAUAGAGAAGGAUCGAUAAUGGCGCUUGCAGUUGGACUUGCACUUGCACAUGCUGCUGUUAUCUUCUCAUUGGUGGCAUCUUCUUCAUCAGAUAAUUCCUUGUUUGGAUGCUUCGAUUCCAUUGUUAGCUUCGGCGGUUCGCUAUCCGACACCGGCAAUGAUCUCGCCCCAGAGCUACUGCUGGGACACUGUUUCUCUACUAACCUGCCCUAUGGCCGGACGUACUUCCACCGCCCUACCGGAAGAUUCUCCGACGGUCGCCUCGUCAUUGAUUUCAUCGCACAGAGCCUGGGCCUGCCUCUGCUCAAACCUUACUUUCCCGAAUCUGACAAGGACUCGGCGCAACGUCGCCGGAGCUUCAGCACCGGAGUGAAUUUCGCGGUGUCGGGAGCGUCGGUGCUUCCUUAUGAGUUCUACAAGAAGAUGGGAUGUCUGGAUAUGUCCACCAAUGUCUCUCUGGGAACUCAAAUGGAAUGGUUCCGAACCUUUUUGGCCGGACUUCCAGAUGGUUCAAAGUAUCUCGAAAGAUCUUUAGUUAUAUUGGGACCAAUAGGAAGCAACGACUACAGUCAUCUCCUCCUGUCAGGGAAGAGUACUCUUGACCAGAUGGAAUUGUUGGCUCUUGAAAUUGUUAGCCACAUCGAAUCAACCAUUCAGGAGCUGAUCAAGCUUGGAGCUGUGACAAUCCUUGUUCCUGGAAAUUUACCAGAUGGUUGCAAGCCUGCUACUCUAUUCUAUUAUGAGAAAUCUUGUACACCCGAUGACUAUGAUUCACAAAAUGGUUGUCUAUAUUGGUACAACGAGCACUUCCGGCGCCAUAACAAGCUUCUUCAAAAGGAGCUGCAGAGAAUAAGGGAGCUUCAUCCUCAUGUCAACAUAGUGUAUGUAGACUAUUACAACAAUGCAAUGCAAAUGUAUCUCGCCCCCAACCAAUUCGGAUUUGGAAACCAAACUCUUAGGUCUUGUUGCGGAGCCGGAGGGACGUAUAACUACAACCCGGACAAGCAAUGCGGCAGUAGUCCUCAAGUAACAUGUUGUCGUGAUCCAGCCGAGUAUAUCAGUUGGGAUGGGGUACACUAUACAGAGGCAGCCAACAGAUUGUUGGCCCAAGGAUUGCUCCAAGGACCAUAUGCGGAUCCUCCUUUCUCGACCAUCUGCCUUAAUUCUGCAUUGAAUCCUCGCGCCUUUUCCGGCUACUAACUAGUCUCUGCAUUAGUCUAAGAUGCUGAGAAUUUGUUGCAUAUACGUAUUGAUGCUGUGAUGCACUGCCAGAAAAUUGAAAAAUUAUUGUAGAAAAAGUAUUUCAAAAGUCAUCGGUUGAGAAAGAAAGAUGUGUAUAAGGUCCUUGGAGCAAUAGUUGAGCUACCAACAUGUUGUUGUCUGUCUCAAUUCUCAUCAGUGAAGGGUGUCCCAUCACAAUAUGUUGCUUGAGGAGUGCCACGUCACGCAGAUUUGUUGUAGUUGCACAUUCCCCUCUACUCCAAUUGUUUGCCUCAAAUACUUGAUGUUUACUUUAUAUAAUCUUGGUUACUUUUUUAAUAAUAAACUAGA